AAUCCUGGCUCCACCCCUGAUCAUAAUGACAUUUUUUUGCAAUGUCAAUUUACUGUAAGUCUAUAAGUUAUAUUUGUAGUGUUUCUUACUUUGUAGCCAGCUACAUUUCCUGUUUUAGACUUUUAGUGCCCAAUUUCCUGCUUUUCCUUUUCAUUUUGUUCUGUGCACCCAUUGAUGCUUUUAUACGUAUGGACCUGUAUCAACUAACAGAAGUACUUAUUGUUAUGAGAUACAGUUAAAGUGUAAUAGAAAUAGGGAAAGUAAUUUAGGCAGGCCUUACUUGUUUCUGUUCAUGUGUUGUUUGUGUAUUAGUUAAUUGUCAUGGUAGCUGUUGCAUUUUGAUAAUUACUAUGAUGAUUCUGUGAUAGUAAUGGUGAAAGGUUCAAAGAUUCCGGGACACAUUCCUGAAGAGCUAGGAGAACUCAAUUCACUUCAUUUGCUAAACUUGUCUCACAACAGUCUCAUUGGUCCGAUUCCAUCGUCUUUGGAGAAAAUAACAGAGCUUGAAAUACUAGAUCUAUCAUCAAACAAGCUUGAUGGUAGGACUCCUAAGGAGCUGACAAGUUUGACAUUCCUUGCAGUUUUGAAGCUUUCACACAACAAACUUGAAGGUGACAUUCCUCAAGGGAAGCAGUUCAAUACUUUCUCAAAUGAUUCUUACAUUGGGAACUCUGGGUUGUGUGGAUUUCCGUCAACAAAUAAAUGCCACAAAGAGGAAGAGCCAGGAGCACCUCCAUCAAAAUUUGAUGAAGAAGGUGACUCUACGGCACUCUUUGAGUGGAAGUUUGCAUCGGUCGGAUAUGGGUGUGGACUGGUAUUGGGACUUAGUCUGGGAUACAUUGUGUACACAACAGGAAAACUAUGGUGGGCGAUGAAGAAGGUGGAGAAAUAUCAACAGAAAUUUGUUGGAAGGUGCACCCGCAGGCAAAAGAAGAGCAAAACCCAAAAACACAACCAACGCUCUUAGAAGCGGCAGGCAGUUGGCUUUCUUUCUUCCUCCAAGAAGAUCUGAAGAAAAUAAUGUGUGCAUGAACUUAAUUAUUUGGCUGCAGAAGCUGCAGGCAGUUGCAUUUCCUUCUCAGAUUCUUAUGUCUUUUUUAAUAUUUGUAGAAAAUUUUGGCUAAAAACUUAAUGUUUUCUAUGUUAUCACUUUUCCAAGUUUUCUUCCAUUCCUUUUAACGGUGCGUUUUAAUGAAUGGAAUGGCAUUUU